AUGGCACCUCGCUACGGAGCUCUCGGUGCAACAUUCCAACUCGCGCGCCUGUUCCAAACGUGUUCACUCAUCGCCAUCAUCGGCAUGACGGCCAAUUUCAUCGCCUCGAUAGUCAACAACAAUGCAACACCGCCCGACGUCUUAAUCGGCACCAUCAGUGUGACCAGUAUCGCCGUGAUCUACUGCAUCAUCACCGGCAUCCUCUAUUUCGACGACAUCCUCCCCUUCUUACCCUGCGCCAUUCUCGACCUGGGCCUUCUGAUUGCCCUCAUCGUCGUCGCAGUGAUCAUGGGCAAGCCUCUCUCGUAUCUACAAUGUUCCGGCCUCUCCUCGCUUGGGUUCCAAGACGCAACCGUCUACGCGUUUGCAUCGCGUCUGUCCAAUGUGGUGGCGAGUUUCAGUGGUAAGAUCGACUUUGCGUCUUGGAUCGGGGCCUCGAAGACGAUCUGUUUGGAGACGAAAGCGAUUUGGGGGUUGAGCAUUGCCUUGUGGUGA